UACAUUGAAAACAAGCCUUCUCUUGUACCCUUAGCUCUUAUCCUCUUUUUUCUUGCUAAAGAUUUUGAUCUUCAUGGAUCAGUUCCACAAAGUUUCUUCCUUCAGUUGUGAACUGAGAAUAAUACAAGCACAAAACGUUCAGUCCUUAAAGUCCACGAAAAACUUGUUUGUUAGGGUUUAUCUUCCUUCAGGGACCGACAAAAGAAUUCAACUCAGCACCAAAAAAGUUUCCUCAAAUAUGAAACAUGUACCCUUUUGGAACGAGUCCUUCAGCCUAGAUUGUUCAUGUCCCCAAGAGUUGUUGGAAAGCCUUAGGAAGGAAAGGGUUGUGUUGGAGCUGCGGCAAAGCAAGAUUUGGGGGUCGCAUGUGGUGGCAAAGGGUGAUAUUCCUUGGACGGAAAUCGUUGAAUCACCGAAGAUGGAGUUCAAGGAAUGGGUGAAGAUGGAUUUGAUGAGUGGAAGUGAUGAAGAUGAUGAUGCUGAUUUCAAGGCACCACAACUACAAGUAGAAAUUAAAGUAGUUGUGGAGAUGGAGAGUAAUAAGAGAAAGAGGUUGAACAAGAAAUGGGAUGAGUGUGGAUGCAAACAUGGCCAUGAUGUUUAUGCAUGCUGCAGUGCUGAAGAUUAUGAUAUAUUUGCUUUAGGUGCAGUUUUGGAAGCUUUUUGAGUUAGACAGAGAGGAAGAUGCUACAACGUGAAUUUUGUCUUUUCAUUUUCCAUUAGAAUUCAUUUUCUUAAUGUUGUAAUUGUACAUAGGUGGUCCUAAUGAUUUGUUUUAAUACUUGAACAACUAUGUAGUAAUUAAUUAAUUAAUUGAUUGAUGUGUGGUUAUUGCUGAAGAUUUUCCUGUAUAAUAUAUU